ACCAUGCCUGACCAUGCAAUACAGUGACUCGGUCAGCGAGGUAUUUACCGAGGCAGGAAAUUGACUGUUGGGAUUAUAUUUUGGAGUGAUUACGUCAAGUUAAUGUAUUAACAUCAGAUACUUACAGUUAGGCUUCGAUGCCAACUGUUCCGGUUCUUGUGGCAGUCAUUCAUGCUUGGCUCCAUUUACCACUGGUCCUUGGUGUGAUGGGUAGUCCUCCGAAAAAUUUACCAUCCUGCUUGAAUGGUGGCGCACAGAACAUUUCCGAGGAACGCUAUGGUUGCACCUGCGUUCUUCCUGAAAUGGAUCGCCAAUGUAAGUUGACACGCGUGACUGUUGGAGGCGCUCCGACAGAACUGUUGUACGGUCCGCUUUCGGUUACUCUGAACAGAACUCACUCGUUUCGAAUUGGCUUGCAGUAUAUCACAAACGAUCCUACUGGAAAUGGGACUUUACUGAGUGUCCGAAAUGCGAGUAAACAAGCCCAGAUAAGCUUCUUUCUUAUCGCUGGCCGCCCGGGCUUCUUAAUCAACCUUAAUCGAUACGCGCUGAUAAUGCAGUUCAACGGGACGGUGGCCGUUACAAAUGACAACGCAUGGCAUCAUCUUGACCUUUUUCUUGAGGCAGAUGCACAGGGCAAACUUGCAGUAUAUUUUCUCCUAGAUCGGUGCCGGAAUAGCGCCGCUGCCUUAUGCCAACUCCAUAAAACGGUUGAUACAAGCCCACUCUCCUUCGAAUUUGGACCAACAGUUCAAUUGGGAGCAGAACCCGGUGCCACGCUGAAAAGUUUUGAUGGCUGUUUGGAUAAAAUAAUGAUCAAUGAAGAAGUUCUGGAUUUCUACGGUGUUCUUUGGCAACAGCCUUCAAAGCGAGGGUGUCAAAAAGCCGAACAGGGAUGUAAACAAGGUGACAAAAAGGUCUGCGGUCCGUAUGGAAUGUGUCACAAUGCUCUGAGCGCCACAGACAUGCUAACAUGUCUUUGCUAUCCGGGAUACAAACCAAAUGCCUCACCUCCUCUCAAUCCGGACCGAUGGCCGUGUGAAAGAGCUUCUGUACCCUGGUCAACCACCGCGGCUGAAUACAAUGCCAGAUUCGUUGACAUCGUCCCGGCUCGCGUACGAGUAAGUAUUCGAACACGAAAAAUGACGUUCACAGCACUUGUCGUUGCCUCAUGGAAUUUACAUCUAACGGUUAACUACGGCAUUCCAAAGUUGCGACUUGGUGCGGUGACAAUUGAACUAAAGAAAGUGAACGUCUCUGAUGGCAACUGGCACUUGUAUGAGAUCGGAUUUUUCCCAAGUUUUAUUGAAAUACAGAUCGAUGGCUUGGACAAAGACUUCUAUCGGGCAUCCCGAGUAUCCCACUCGCCGGUCAAAUCAGGUCCUGCAGACUUGGUUAUCGCCAGGGACGCCGAUGGAGCCUGUCUUGAUGAUGCAUGGGUGGAUUUUGAUAGCAACUGGAGGAACAUUCAGCACGAUUACCCACUAGAAGUUAUCGCAAAUCCGUGGUACGCGCGACACACUGACUGGCCUGUACAGGGCCGCCAGCAAUCAUGUUCUGCUGGGAUUAGUUUGUGCAACUCUGACCCCAAACCUCCAUGUGACCCAAGUGCUGUGUGCGUAGAUGAAUGGAGAGGAUAUCGGUGCGAUUGUAUUGCUGGAAUGAAGAUGAAUCCCAAAGGUAUUUGCUUACCAGAACAAUGCGUUCCGAAUCCUUGUGCCCACGGGGCCUGUAAUGCCACUACAAUGGACAAAAACUUCACGUGUACAUGUGACACUGCCUGUCUUGAUGAUGCAUGGGUGGAUUUUGAUAGCAACUGGAGGAACAUUCAGCACGAUUACCCACUAGAAGUUAUCGCAAAUCCGUGGUACGCGCGACACACUGACUGGCCUGUACAGGGCCGCCAGCAAUCAUGUUCUGCUGGGAUUAGUUUGUGCAACUCUGACCCCAAACCUCCAUGUGACCCAAGUGCUGUGUGCGUAGAUGAAUGGAGAGGAUAUCGGUGCGAUUGUAUUGCUGGAAUGAAGAUGAAUCCCAAAGGUAUUUGCUUACCAGAACAAUGCGUUCCGAAUCCUUGUGCCCACGGGGCCUGUAAUGCCACUACAAUGGACAAAAACUUCACGUGUACAUGUGACACUGGAUGGACCGGGGAUUUGUGUGAGCAACGCGGUGUUGCAGAAGCCGGUUUCGCCUGGUGGUGGAUACUUUUAAUCGUGUUGCUGAUCAUACUCAUCAGUGAAAAGGAUUUCACCGGAUCCAUAGAUUACUCUGUCUUCCAACCCGGAUUCAAACUACCCAAUGGACAUCAACGAUACACUCCUGACCGAAUGACAAAUGGUUCAGCUACUCAAGUUGUAUUGCUGGAAUGA